GUUUACGUAUGCACCGGGCAAACGAAUUAAAGAGAUCUCCACCUUUCCAAAGCCGAACCAACAACAUCCCUCACGGCACCCAACUCCCAAAACUAAGGAGCCGCUGAUCGACAGCCAUGGCGUUUACCAGCAAGCGAGGCUAUGUGCCGAUCGCAGUCAACACCCUAAUACUCAGCCAUUGACACAAAUCCCUUAUUAGCUGCCGGCUCGCGCAACGACCCGUCCGAGGAGGCUGAAAGAAAAAAAAAAAUGACAGGACGGAAACGCCUACGCAAAACGGAUAAGGAGGGGAUAGGAAAACUUACCGAUUACUUCUCCUCACUAUGUGGAUGAUUCGAAUGCGCCGGACUCAGGCUUGGGUCAUUAGCGCGGCGACGUCAGCUUUGAUCUGCGGUUCUCUUUAUCUCUUUUUCUUUGCGCAUCGUCGCGGCGGGAACAUCUAUCGUUUGGUUACGGUGCCGAAACCCGUGGAAAGGAUGAAUGAGCGUACAUUGGUCAUAGCUAAGACGCAAGAUGCGGACACGAACUGGGUCGAUACGCUCGUGCACGACGAUAAUCGGUUAUCCAGCGCAGUGUACACAGUCGACGCGCCAAACACGACUGAUACUACGUUAACCGUGCCGAUAAAUAAGGGCCAUGAGGUCAUGGUGUAUCUGACAUAUAUCAUCGAACAUUACUUCCAGCUCAGCGACGUGACGAUCUUCAUGCAUGCAGACCAAAUCUCCUGGCAUAAUAACGAUCUCAUGAACAUGGAUUCGGCACUGAUGGUCCGUCGUCUGCGAAACGACUACGUUUACAAAAAAGGAUAUACGAACUUGCGAUGUCAACACGACCCCGGCUGUCCGGAGCAGAUUCGACCUACCCUCGCGGGCGGGCAGUAUACCCCGGAUGUGCCUGAAGCAGUGGUCAUCGGGGAGUCUUGGAAGACGUUAUUUCCGGAGGAGCAUAUGCCGGUUGUGCUGGCGCAGCCGUGUUGCAGUCAGUUUGCAGUUAGUGCGGAAGUGAUUCGGCGGGUGCCGUUGAUGAACUAUGUCGCGUACCGGAGGUGGUUGAUCGAGACGGAUUUGGAUGAUAAUUUGUCUGGACGGGUGUGGGAGUACUUAUGGCAGUGGAUCUUUACGGGGCAAGCCGAAGUUUGUCCGGACGAGCGGGUCUGUUAUUGUGAGGGGUAUGGUGUAUGCCUAGGGAGUGAAGAAUACGAGGAGUUCUUUAGGGCUCAAGAUGAGGUGCGGAAAUUACAUGCGCAGCUGGAGCAUACGUCACUGGGUGAGACGGUCAAUGCGAUGCGGAAUAAGAUGGCUGCGUUACAGCAGAGGAUGGAUGGGAUUAAAGCCAGCGCACUCACGAGUCAAUGAAACGAUUAAUGACAUGGCACACUAA